GGGGAGGGGAUGGGUGGGGAGAAAAGUUAACUGGAGAAACUGGGGCUAGGAGAGAUGCAAUGAUCUUGCACCAAGUGGAUGUGCCAUGUCUGCAUGCAAAUAGUGCGUCUGGAGAAGCUCGGAGGGAUGUCUUACAAGUGAUCUGCGUGAUCUCCGUAGAAACGCUCACCUCUGCCUGCAAACUUUCCCCUGCUAGAAGUUGGGAGGAAUAAAAAAGCAUCAGAAAGUCAGAAAAAGGGGAAGAUCUCAGCGGACAAAAACGCUCGAGCUAAACUGUUGCACCCCGACCUGGGGCUCUGGUGCGAGCAUCCCACCGGUACCUCCUGGGCUCCCAAGCCGACUGGCGGUGGGUGGCGUUGGCCAAGGUGCCCGGCAGCGUCCCCAGCCUUGGGGACGGGCCGAGCAGCAUGCUGGCUGUGGCACCCGUGGCCAGCCAGCAAACCCCGCGUGCCUGACCCGCCGGUGGUGCCGGGGCGGUGGCGGCCAUGGCUGCAGCCAUCGCCAGCUCCCUGAUCCGCCAGAAGAGACAAGCCAGGGAGCGGGAGAAGUCCAAUGCCUGUAAGUGUGUCAACAGCCCCAGCAAGAGCAAGGGAAGCUGCGACAAGAACAAGUUGAAUGUGUUUUCCAGGGUCAAACUCUUUGGCUCCAAGAAAAGGCGAAGAAGGCGACCAGAGCCUCAGCUUAAAGGUAUAGUAACAAAGCUAUACAGCAGGCAAGGAUACCACUUGCAGUUGCAAGCAGAUGGAACAAUUGAUGGAACAAAAGAGGAAGACAGUAGUUAUACUUUGUUUAACCUCAUACCUGUGGGUUUACGAGUGGUGGCGAUUCAGGGGGUUCAAACAAAAUUAUAUCUGGCAAUGAACAGUGAAGGAUACCUAUAUACAUCGGAACAUUUUACACCUGAAUGCAAGUUCAAAGAAUCAGUAUUUGAAAACUACUACGUGACAUAUUCUUCAAUGAUCUACAGACAGCAACAGUCUGGCCGGGGCUGGUAUUUGGGUCUUAACAAAGAAGGAGAAAUAAUGAAAGGAAACCACGUGAAGAAAAAUAAACCUGCAGCACACUUCCUUCCAAAACCAUUAAAAGUGGCAAUGUACAAAGAACCUUCUCUCCACGAUCUCACAGAGUUCUCAAGAUCGGGAAGUGGGACCCCAACAAAGAGCAGAAGUGUUUCAGGAGUGCUAAAUGGGGGUAAAUCCAUGAGCCAAAAUGAGUCAACGUAGCCAGGUUCAGGCAAGCCAAGUGCUCUCUAAACAGAACCUUACCUCUGGAUGCAGUUGAAUUCUUACUAGCAGUCUUUCAUCCAAACGUUCAAUUGCCCAGGACAAGCCACCGAACUUGCAUAGGUCACUCGUUUAUCAGCCAUUAGAUCUACUGGUUGUCAAAGGAUAUACCCCAAUUAUGUAGAAUAUGCUUGUGCAUAUCACAAGGCAGUUGGAUAGCCAGCAAACAUAACUGCGGAAUAAAUCUCGGAGAAGAAAUGUCCAGCUCUUUCUCUCUCUCACUUUUUCUUUCUCUCUUUCUCUCUCUCUCCUAUGCUUUGUGGAAUCCGAAACAAAAACAUUUCACAGCAUUCACUGCUGAUAAGAAUUUGCUUUCCAACUCAGAAACUAAGACCACUUUUGCUCUUCAAAGGAAAUUUUAAUGCUUGUAUGUUUUAUAGGGGCAAACAAAAAACAAAUAUGUAAACUCUGUUGUUUCCUUGGCUUACCGUUUUAUAUCUAAGGCUUGAUAAAAAAAAAUGUAUCCUUUAAUUUGGAAUAGUGCUUUUUGAUUUCUGAACUCCAAUGGGUCUUUAAAGCUAUGUCUUUAAAAAAUAAUAAUUCUUUAAAAAAUAAUAAUUAAAAAAUCAGGGUUGGAACUGAGAGUUGGUGUCUCAGGCUCAAGCAAACAGUGUUCUUGUGGUUUUAAACACAAUGAAAUAUAAAUUUUUAUAGAUUUGUAGUUUCUGGUAAAGUUCUUGUGCUAACCCCAGUCUGUAGGAAUUGAAUUGUUUUGUUAUCCCAAGUGGAAGUUAACAGAAAGGGAUAAAAUUAUCCUCCAGUGUAGAUUUCUCUUAAUUCCAUUUUGUGUGUCAUGUUAAACUAUUGUUGUGGCUUCUUUUCUAAAGACAGAAACUGUGGAAUUAAGGUGACUUAAUUUUUUUAUAAGAAACGUCUUAUUUGUAAAAGUCCUUUCACUGUAACGGGCACGUGAAUAUUGUGUAGGAGGAAGCGCUAGGACAGGUUACCCCUAAACAACAUAUACUUAUACAUGCUAUUGGAAACAAUUGUUUAAAAAAUGUAGUUAGGUUUCCAUUUAGGUCAUCAUGUCUGUUGCAUGGGAGAAAGUUGGAAUAUUGGCAUAGAGUUGCAUGAUGUGUAAGAUUUUGUGCAUUAAUCAUCGUUGGAUUCUGUGCUCCAAAACUGAAUUAGUUCUGUACAGGCAGCUCUCUGCCUGGUACAAAAGAGUUGUUUAUUAUUUGUUGUAUACACAACCAUGCACUGAAUAAACUAUUUAUAUUAAGAUGUACUUUUUUAAAAAGCUUGUUUGAUUAAAUGCUGUACAUCCAUGAUUAAUUUAAAGGGAAAAGGGUUGGCAAUUAAAUUAAAAAAUUAUAAAAGAUACUGUAAUUAAUGUUCAAAAUCUUUCUGUGUGAUGGGUCAUUCCCCUGUAAUGCCAUACACUAUACAAAUUAGAACGUGUUCUUUCUUUUGGAUAUUUUUAGAACUGGUCUUGUGUGCCCAGUCGAGAUACUCAAAACACAGUGACGAUUAAGUGCCACAGAGUCUUGGUAACGACCCCUCUGCCGUGUGCUGCUGGAGCCCCAGUGAAUUGCACUUCUCUGCUUUGAGCUUUUCCAGCCUCUCCGUGUCUGCCCUCCCUGUUAGACUUUCCCUAGUGCAGCCACGUAGCGCUACCUCGCAGCAAACCUCCUCAGAGCCCCCAGCACGGAGGUCCCAAAGAGAUCCGGGAAGUCCUGCUUGUGCCUGGUGGCACCUGGAUGAUGCCCAGUGUUUGCUGGGCAUCACUGCAGGUACAUUUAUCAGCCAGCUUUAUCUGGUCUUGAGGGAAAAAAGCUCCCAUCCUUUCUGCCUUUGUGCACAUGCUCCGGAGAGAAAACAUCCCUCUCUCCUGCCUUUUCUCUCCAAAAACAUCCAUGAAAACUUUUUCUCAUCUACAACAUCCAGGCAGCUCUGACAGGUGAGCUUCACUCACCAAGGUUUUUAGAGAAGUCCUAGUAGGGACAAGUUUUCAUCAUGGGUGGUUGAAGAACCAGAAAUGUUAGUCUGAAACUAAACCAGCUGGGUCAGUGCUUGGCAUUUUUUUAAGGUUAGGGCUGAGAGAGGAGGGAAGGAGAUUAUGUUUCAGAUCGAACCCCCAGAUUCAUUAUUUUGUGUCAAAUAGUAGAGAGGUAAAGAGCUCUGGCCUACUGAGCUCCCAUAUUGGGGUAGAGUGUUGCUGUCCCCAGAUACCACCUGUUGAUCUUCAGAGGGCCCAGGGGGCCCCAGCUUGCCCCUUUCCAUAGGGUGAAGAAAGUGGGAGCACAACUAGUGCCAUAGAAAAUCUUAAAAAUUGAAAUUGUGGUCAUGAUUGCUCCAGAGAUUUUGAUAACUCAGUGGGUCUGGAGCAUGUUUCCUUAAGUGUGAGAUGCCCUUGGGAAACAUUUAACUCUCCCACCCCUAAAAAUCAAACUUAUUGGGGUACAUGUUCCAAAAAAGGAAUCUGAGUGCCUUAGGAACAUAAAACCUGAUUUAAAAACAAGCAUAUCUGUAGCAAAGCUAGUUCAGUGCUGAGUGUUUAUUAUCCUAAAUAUAACUGGAGCUCUGCUGCUUUACUUUAUAGCUGCACUCUUCCUGUUAUUCUCCAUUCCAAGUACUUCCAACCCUGAAGGUCAUCUGAAGUGAAAGGAAAAUGUUGGUCCCACAAAUCAUCCCUUCUGAGGUCUGUAGUCUGACCCAUCUUUUGUGCUGACAUUGGUGUCAGCUGUGAGCAUUCACUGCCAAAUCUCUAGUUCCAAAGCUUUCUAAUAUACCAAGCUAACAAAGGCCACUCUUGGAUGGAGAUGAGAAGAGAGAUAUGGUGAUAGAUGAGCCAUAAACAGAUCUUUCUGACAAUUAUAUUAAAUUUCUUUCAAACCUGUUCCAACAGUAGUUUUUCCCUCAGAUUAUUGAGGACUGAAAGCACAAUAAUCUUGAUAGAGUCCUGAUAGUAGACAAAAGCUCAUGUACUUUAUGAGGAAAGUGGGGGAUUAUACCCAGGGCUUUACAUGUAGUCUCCGGAGCCAAAACUAGGAUUUAAUAAGGAAAAUCAGAGUUAAAUGUGACUUUACAGACAGUGAGUGAAGGUGACCUUCUAGCCCAGUGAAGUUAAGACAAGAAAAGAAAGUGGCUUCAUCAGAGGACCAGGCUAAGGAGUCAUACUCCAAAAUAUGUAUUUUAGCACCCAUAAAGUAAAAAGUUACACAGAUGUCUUCUGGAUAAUACUUUCCUUUAAGAAACCUGCUAGAUAUGGGGAAGAUGUCCAUUUGGAUGGUUAUCUAACAAAAGAAAAAUUAUACCCACUGGUAAACCUGCUUUACUCUGCCACAGGUACAACAGCAGAGUGCAGUGAGAUGCACACCUGGAAUAAGGGAAAGCCCCAGGGCUGGUAUGAAUCCAAGCCCUAAGCUGUCUGUGAGCCACUGACCAUCUGCAGAAGAUGGUCUCAGGCCCUUCUGGUAUCGCCAAGCUGGUGACUAAUGCUUUUCACCUGCCAUUUCACUUGGCCCUGCCUCUCCAGCAGUGCUGCCCACAAUCCAUGCAGCACACCUCGGGCCUGGAGUUGGCUCAGGAGGUGUAAAUCCAUCACGGCAGCUUUCUGAUGCACCUGGGCUUCACUUGGCAAAGUGCUGAGCCACCACAGGGGCUGUGCAGAGACGUUAUGAGAGGCUGACAAAUGCUACCUGCCAACCUAAAAGAAAACAGGUCACCCAUGAAAUUGGGAGGAAUACUGCUAGGAGCAGAACUAUUAUGAGACAAAAUUGCUUCUUUUUUGUGAUCCACCUGUCAGAGCUGCUUUCUUGGAGGUCUCUGCAGGGGGCUCAGGCACUGGUGCUUGGCCUGGUUUUGGGGUGAGAGAGGGUGGGAAGAGCUCUUCUCUCUAUCUUCCUUUUUUCCUUUUAAUUUACCUCAUGCUACCUCAUAGCAUGGUUGUACCUCCGUAGCCACUUGCUCAGCCAUGUUCAUCGCUGGCACGAUGGAAGACAAUUCCCUACUUCGGGAAAAUAUCUCCAAGUUAGCCCAGGGAAGAACAGUGCCCCUUCUGCAGCACCGUCUGGUGUCCCCACCACUGGUUUCCAGCCCACAGGCCAGGUUUUCCAGUGGGAUAAAGACGGUGUAAUGAGCUCAGGGAUGCUGUGGUACGCCAGGCCUCUCCCCAGCUGAGCACCAGCAUGAGAGCCAGGUCUGGCAGAGCUCUGCUGUGUCUUGAGUAUCUCUGUGUGGAGACCAGAGCCAGCUCUAAUGGGUUUAAAUGUCUCCCUGACAUAUCCUUGACCAGGACACUUUUGCAGAACAGAAUCUGUACGUAACAACCUCCUAUCUUCUAAUAAAUGAUUCUCUCUAAAACAGA